CGCUCGGUUCAGUCGCUCACGGGGGGUGGGGCGGUGAGGAGCGGCCGGGGCUUCAGCGAGAGACCGAGAGACUCGCGCCCACUGGGAUCGAGGCCUGUUCCAAUCUUUGCAAAUCGGGAUGCGGACAAUGUCAGGGGCAGCGCCCUCAUACGAUUUCGAGACUCUGCGUGUCUCACAAGCGAGAGACAGUGUGCUCCAUGUGGAAUUGAACAGACCCAAGAAGAGGAAUGCAAUGAACAAAACCCUCUGGAGAGAGAUGGUGGAAUGCUUUAACAGGAUCACCCAGGACGCCGACCAUAGAGUUGUUGUUGUAUCAGGAGCUGGAAACAUGUUUACUGCAGGAAUUGACCUCAUGGACAUGGCUGGAGAUGUAUUGCAGCCCCAAGGAGAUGAUACAGCCAGGAAGGCCUGGCACACGCGGAACACAAUCCUCCAAUACCAGGAGAGCUUUAAUGUGAUAGAAAAGUGCCCUAAGCCAGUUAUUGCAGCAGUUCAUAGUGCUUGCAUUGGAGGAGGUGUAGAUUUGAUUACAGCCUGUGAUAUACGACUAUGCUCUCAGGAUGCCUGGUUCCAGGUGAAGGAAGUGGAUAUCGGAAUGGCAGCAGAUGUGGGCACUUUGCAGCGAUUUCCCAAAGUUAUAGGAAACGCCAGUCUGGUGAGUGAACUGGUUUAUACAGCGAGGAAGAUGAUGGCGGAUGAAGCACUGAGCUGUGGUCUGGUGAGCCGAGUCUUCGAAGACAAAGAAACCAUGUUGGAAGGCGCCUUCGAGAUGGCGUCUGAGAUAGCCAGCAAGAGCCCACUGGCCGUGCAAGGAGCGAAGUUGAACCUGAUCUAUUCCAGGGACCACUCUGUUAAGGAUGGUCUGGAUUAUAUUGCCACAUGGAACAUGUCGAUGCUACAAACAGAUGACCUUGUAAAGUCAGCUCAGGCUGCAAUGGAGAAAAAGACCCCCAGAGAUGUGCCUUACUCCAAACUGUGAUGGAAGUUGAUUCAGAAUAUCUGUACCAUCCUGCACUAAUAGUUUCUCUAAUGCUGAUGAUUUUUAAAACAAAUAAAUUUAAUUAAUAUUUGUCUACAAAAAAGCUAUAUUUACAAUGGAGAUAAAUUUUAUAUCAGAUCA